GUGACUUUGGAGUCAACUUGUACUAUAGGAGGAGUUGACUGGAGUGUGGUGGUAUGUGUGAUGGCAUCGGUUUUGGUCAAAUUCUCAAACUCCUCUGCGAUCGAUGUGACUGGGCCUCUCGUUUACGCCUCUCCUCAAGUGCAAAUGACUGAGAAUGAUCGCGUGGCCUCUAUGGCAAAGCCACGGAGCACUUCUCGUAUCGGAAGCAAAAGUAGAUGAUGGCGAUAUCACCGAGCUAUUGAGAGCCUUGCAAUCCGAUGCGUUCGAGGGCGUAGAAGCAGUUUCAGUUUGCUCUGUUGGCUCGCCUGCUGGUGCAGAGGUCUUUUCCUCGGAGGCAGGUCCCCAGCUUGCCGCUGAAUCAUUGAGCUUGAUGAAAGUUCCCAGCCAUUCUGGAUUUGAGAUCUCGCUCGGCUGGUCGUCGACCAAAACAGUGUCAGAUUCCCAGUCUUGACCAGUGAUCGUUUCAACCUCUUUCUUCAGGUUUUGUCGAUUCGGAGGCCGUAGAUGACGCAGCUAUUGAAGAAGCCGGCGAAGAUGAACGAGCGUUUGACCAUCAAAUCAUACAUUAAAAUGCAGCUCGUACUUGGUUUUUGGGAGCUUGCUGUCAUGUUUUCAGAGGCCCAUGUCACAGCAGAGCACCCCUACCGCUAGCAUAUCACUUGCUUUGAUUGCGAUUUCUUGCAAAUCCCGAGUUGCACCAG